AUGGCGAGGCGGCGCGCCGGCGCCUCCACCCCUCCCUCUCUCUCCCUCUCCCUUCCUCUCUCUCCCUCUCUCUCCCGACGUCGCGGCAUGCCGGCCGGGCCCAGGGCUGACGCCUCCGCGCGAGGCGCUGGCGGAUCGACGGCGGGUGGGCCCCGGCGGUGGCCGUCCCUGUCCACGGCGCGGCGCGACCGGGUCCCGCCGGUGGCCACCGGCGUCGCUGCGCCUCGGAGCUGUCUCCUCCCGCCGGUCUGCGUGUGCUCCUGUGCUCUACGAAACCCUAGCUUCCUGUGCUCGUCGACCCCGGCUGCGUCGCGAGCUGCCAAUGGCGGAGCGUGGCCUCUUCCUCGACGGCCGGAUCUGGCGGUACUUCAUCCUGUUCUCCUCCCUCAGAUCCUGUGUCCCGUCAUCUUCCCUUUUGCGCAGGUGCUUGUUGGCUAUGCUGCUUCAGGGCCCUUCUCAUGGUGUAGCAUGGUGGCUACUUUUUUGAUCUCAGACUGGGGAGGUGGAUGUAGAUCUCAAACUGGUUAUCAAGCAAUGGGAGUUCUGUUGAACGUUGGUCCUUCCUCUACAGCAACAAGAGCAAUAGAAGUGAACCUUUUGGCAUUUUCUGAAGAAUUUGAUCUGGAGCAUCAGUAUGACAAGACCAUAGAAGAUGUUGACGGAUUGAAAGCGAUACCUGAAUAUCUAAUGAACUAUUUGCAAGCUACAUUCCAGAUGUAA